AUGCAGGAGAUGAGCUGUGAAGACAAUGGAGCGCUUUCGUAUUACGAUUUGCUCUCCACCUCGUACGGUACCGCCCUUGGCGAUUGCGCACUGAAAGACAUUGCAGUACGCAGCUGCAGUAGAGCUUCUCCGUAUAGUGAGGUGUUCCGAGCGUUGAACAAGACUCGAGGACUCUAUCUACGCUGGCAGGAGAUUUCAAAGGCCCCCAUCGUCCCCAACAGUCCUGAAGUAGAGUGGACGUCCACGGAGCUAAGGAAUGCACUCCGUAGCAUUGAAUGGGACUUGGAAGACCUCGAGGACACUAUAAACAUUGUUGAGAAAAAUUCAUCCAAGUUUAAGAUUGACAAUAAAGAAAUCUCCGACAGAAGGUCAUUCAUAGAAACUACCAAACAAGAAGUAAAGGUAAUGAAAGGCAAGAUGAGUUUAAACCGGAACAGAGACAACGACGGAACAGCCAGGGAGCCCCUGCUCGCUGAAGAGAGCCCCAUGCACUUCGGUAACUCCUGGACAGCGACUCCCAAAUACUCAAAAUAUUCUAAAUUGGCGAAUCAAACCGAUAGUCCGAGUCGCUUUGAUACAUACGACAGUGAUAUAAUGUCGAUGCAGGAGAAAAUGCUAAUGGGUCAAGAUGAUCAACUCCAUGUUAUAAGCAAUUCGGUCGGAUCGUUGAAAACCGUCUCCAAACAAAUCGGCAUCGAAUUGGACGAGCAAGCUGUGAUGCUCGAUGAUUUGAACACAGAGUUGGAGAAUGCCGAUUCGAAACUCGACUCGACACUCAAGAAAGUCGCUCGAGUCUUACACAUGAAUAAUGAUAAGCGACAAUGGAUGGCGAUCGGUAUACUCCUCGGGCUCCUAAUGAUAAUAUUGAUUCUUUUCAUUUUGCUUUAAGCUACUGAACGUUGUUGUCAGCACCUGAAUUUUAUCAUAUUUCUUCUAAAUGUACUGAAAGGCGUUGGAAGGGUUACGAUGGAGCACGUAUACUUCCGUUACUAUAAGAAUGUCGGGAUAAAAUUAACCCAUAUGUCAUCAUAGAUCCCAGCUAUCUACGUACCGAGUGUCAUUGCAAACGGUUCAGUAGAUUUAGCGUGAUACAAACAGACAUCCAUCCAAACUUUCGCAUUUGUAAUUGUAGGACUAUAAAAUACAAUAAAUAAAAUAUUCUAGUUACAGUGUCUUAUACAAAAAGAUUAAGACAUAUUUUAGUCGCCAAUGUAGCCUUUUAUCAAGAUUUCAGUCACUUAACAGUACCAAAACUCGUAACUCGUAACCUUUAGACACGGUAGGAAAAAUUCUAAAGUAGUGACGUAACUUUAUUACUAGGUAGGAUACAUACUUUAAGGUAAGGCGUUUAGCGUAGAAACGGUAUGUCGCAUGAAGAAAAUUUUUUACGACAAAAUUGACCCAUUACCCCGAGUGUGAGUGUGCCAGGAAAUUGAUUUUCAUUGAUUGAUAUGAUUUAUACAAGUAGCGAAAUCUUUUUUUAUAAAUAAUCGAACUUUUGUUAGAAAUUUAACGGUUUUUUUUGUAAUUUCCGGUUUGCAGUAGACUCACACUCGAGCGUUAGUUUCAUUUAUAAACGAUUUCGCGACAGUUUGACGUUAAUAUUUAAAAAAAAAAAGUAAUAAUUUGAUAAAUUUUACACGACUACUUCUGCUAAAGAACGUAAAAUUAUUGGCAAUUUCGUUUCUAAUUUAAAAAUUAAGUAAGCUCAUUUAAUAUUGACUUAAAAUAAAAAUAUUAAAUUAUUAUUUCAUUGUAUUUUCACUUAUUUUCAUAUAGCAAUACAUUAAUCUCAAUCAAUAUUAAACAAUUCGUAAUAUAUUUAUUACUAAAGUUUA